AUGCUACCAUCCUCGCAAUUGUCCCGAGAAUUGGAUGGGACAUCCACUCAGGUUCUUCUGCAGAAUUUUGCAGAUCGUAUCCUCGUUCUCAUUACACAGAUGGGCAAAGUUGGCAAUCUGAUACAAGCUACAAUUCCACCAACAACACCCCUAGACCCUCUGCCGCCGCCAGAUCCAGCCCAACCCAACGUUGUGCCUCUACCUAUCCCGCCACCCGCAAUUCAAUUGACACCACUCCUUGGUCAUGCACCGUCAGAGCACAUGCAGACUUUACAUUCCUUGUAUGCAUCCCAGGUUGCGACCCUUGUGUGGACAUCGGGAGCGGAGGUAGCAUUGGAGACAGAAAGGCGGGCAGUGGUGGUGGGACUGGCUUUGCGCAAGUCAGACGAUGCAUCAGGUGUAGGAUUAAGCGAGCAUGAACGGAAAGUCUUUUACGGUGUCAUGGAUGUGGUGAAAGAGCUAUUGCGCUAA